AUGACAACCGUUGUUCAUAUCUCUAUCAAUUCCUUAGCUUUCAGGCUGAGCAGUUUGCAUAAUGACAUAUACAAGAAACCCAUCAAAUAUUACUCUGUGUCGAGGACAAAGAUUGGUUGUUUGAAGCAGAACAGGUUCAAGGUGAGGGCUUAUUGGGAGAGGUGGUCUUCCUUGGGAGGGGGUAGUGUUAAAGAUGAGAUGUUGGGGAGAGAUGAGGGAUGGAAGAAGAAGAAGAAAAGAGAGGUUGUGGUGAGGUUCAAUCAGGGGUUUGGGUUUAAUGGUGAUGGAGGUGGUGGUGGGAAAGAUGAUGGAGCCACUGCUAGAGUUCUGGGUAAUUUAGCCUUGGCUAUUGGAUUGACUUAUCUUUCAUUUACUGGGCAGCUUGGUUGGAUUUUGGAUGCAAUUGUUUCCAUUUGGCUCCUUGCAGUGCUUGUACCAAUUGUUGGUGUGGGUGCUUUUCUGUGGUGGGCAAGGCAGGAUAUGGUUCAAGACAGUUGCCCAAACUGCGGAAACGAUUUUCAGAUUUUCAAAUCUGCUUUAAAUGAUGAUUUGCAGCAGUGCCCCUUCUGCACCCAACCUUUCUCAGUGGUGGACAACAAAUUUGUAAUGGACUCUGUGAAAUACUCCAAUCAGUCUACAACAUUUGGACAGGCAUUCAACGACUACACCCGUUCCACAAGAGGGAAGGAGUCUUCUAAAGCAGUUGUUGAUAUUGAAGCAGAAGUAAAAGAUGCGGACUGA